AUGGCGAUGGAUGCCAAAGAGAUCGAGGCUAAGGCCAAGGCCUUGGGCAAGGCCGCAACAUCCAACGAGUCUUCAGUUGUGAUUCUGGGCCUUCUCAAGGAUAUUCAGACAGGUGUCCGGGCGACAGAGGAUCUGCUGCGUCAGACGCGCAUCGGUAUCAUCGUGAACAAGUUCAAGCAAAGCAAAACUCCCGAAGUCGCGCGACUCUCUAGCGAGAUUGUAUCCAAAUGGCGGACAGAGGUCAACAAGCAAAAGCAAAGUGGCGGUACGGCAGCCAGCAGGGGGUCGAGUGGCUCUCCACGGCCUGCACAAAAUGGUGCGGGGGUGUCAACUCCAGCCGGUGCCACGCCCUCAGACAAGGCUUCGAAGUUGUCUGUGCCUCCCGACAAGCGCACAUGGAAAGCGGAUGGAGUAGAUGUCAACCAUACCUCGAACAGGGUGCGCGAUAGCUGCACCGGACUCAUGUACGAUGGACUGUGUCUGGGCUCAACCGAGUCUCCCAAAACCAUUCUUGUUCGCGCGAUUGCUGUUGAGACCGCUGCCUACAAGCACCUGGGACCAGAAACAAAGGAGGAAUACCGCACGAAAAUCCGCAGUCUCUUCCAAAACUUGAAGAACAAGUCCAACCCGAAGCUGCGCGUGCGCGUUCUUGAGGGAGAGAUCGCCCCAGAUGAUUUUGUGCGCAUGUCUCAUGAUGAGCUCCGCUCUGUCGAGCAGCGUGAAGCAGACGCUAAGAUCCAGAAGGAGAACAUGGACAAGGCAAUGGUUGCCAAGGCCGAGCGCAGUAUCAGUAAGACAUUGCAAUGCGGCAAGUGUGGCAAGCGGGAAGUUACCUAUACCGAAGCCCAAACCCGUGCUGCUGAUGAACCGAUGACUCUCUUCUGUACGUGCACGAACUGCGGCAAGUCUUGGCGGCAGUAA